GAGUUGCUUAUGGAUACCUAAAUACAUAUCUAUCAUGAUUAGUGUAUUUAAACCAAUAUGAUUCUUUAUGUCAGUUCUGUUGUUUCUAAACUAGUCAUCAAUGAGAUAAAUGUAGCAUUACAGAAAAAGACACUUUGACUAAUAUAGUCAAUGAACAUAAACAUUCAACCUUCCCCUGAAUUCAAGCAAAACGUUUCAUGUUCUCCAACUUUCUUAAAACAUUAAAAUUUUCCGUCCCCUCUGUAUUUUCACAAACAUUCAUGUUUCCUUAGUUGCUGAGGCUAUAGCUUGCUUCUCUGAUUCCUGAUAUCUGGAGGAGCAGUAUUGCUCGCGAGGGUUUUGAGGAUUUUACUUGAGCAAAAGCAAUUGUUUAUUUUAUAUAUGGAAGACAGUUUUAAAAGAACACACUUCUCUUGUGAAGAUUAAGGCAGACUUUGGUUUACUAGUUUAAUAAAACAGCAGUUGGGAGGUAUUCCCACGUGCUUACAUUUCUGAGAUGCGUACACCACCACCACCAAGAGAGAACUUGGUGAAGUUUAAAAAAGUUAGUUUAAUUGGCCUUCAUGAAAAACACAAGCUUGAAUCCAGAAAACUGAAUACAACGAAUACAAUUUAAGCCAUGUGUCUGCUUUCAUAGCAUCAAUUGACUAAUACCAAGAAGAAUGAAUGGCUUUGGGCUCCAGCAAGAGCAGAUGAGCUCCAGAAAGAUAGAUCAGCUUACCCUCUUUUCUGACCCACAUGUUAUCAGCACUCAGAAGCUCCGAUCACAGGGUCAUUGUUAGCUUCUAAUAUUCUGAACCAGGUAAGAAGCAGCCUGUGGGGUUCCAUUUGUGUUGUUCCUGUUGUGGCCAUUGAGAGCCAUGGUGAGAUCUGGCCAUGAAGGUGCCUGUCCCCACAGAGCUCAUUACAUCCUUACCCCUCAACCUUCUAUCUUCCUCGGCUUGCACCUGGCCACCAUCACUCACCCUCCCAGAUCACUCACUACCACCUUUAUUUCCUCUGUCGACAACACUAUUGGAUGUCUUGCUAAAUGUUGGUUUUGUUUGUUUUUUAGAUCUGUUGAUAGAUAUUGCGACAGCUAUUACAUUUGACAUAAUCUAUACAUUUUUUAAAUUGCACUUGAAGCACACUGUAUUAGUUUCCUAGGGCUGUCAAAACAAGAGUACCACAGACUAAGUGACUUAAACAACAGAAAUUUAUUUUCUCACAAUUCUGGGGUCUCGAAAUCUAAGGUCAAGGUGUCAGCAGGGUUGGUUUCUGCUGAGGCCUCUCUCCUUAGCUCGUAGAUGGCUGUCUUCUCCCUGUGUCUUCACAUGGUGUACGUGUGUAUGUAUGUCCUAAUUGCCUCCUCUUAUAAAUAAAUACACCAGUCAUAAUGGAUUAGGGCCCACCCCCGUGACCUAAUUUUAACUUAAUUACCUCUUUAUAUACUUUAUCUCCAAAUACAGUUACAGUCUGAAGUAUCUUGGGGGUUAGGACUUCAACAUAUGGAUUUUAGGGGGAACACAAUUCAGCCCAUAGCACAUGCUUUAAAAUGAUCUUUUAGAGGAUCUAUUACCCCUGCUGUCUGCCUCCCCUGCCCCUUGAUUUGAGCACCUAGGAGUCAGGAACUCUGUUUCUCUUCUUGUGGUAUCCAGAGUCUAACUGUGUCCAGCACGCUGCAAGUAUUUCACAAACUCGGGGUGAAUGCCUGCAUGGACGAAGGUUUAUUACCCAGAGCUUUCUGUCUGGGUCAGUCAAGAACCAUUUCCAAACAAGGAAAUGGAGGGAAGGCUUCCUAAGGGAAGACUUCCUGUCCCAAAGGAAGUGAACCGCAAGAAGGAUGGCGAGACCGAGGCUGCCUCCCUGACUCCACUUGGCAGCAAUGAACUCCACUCCCCAGGAAUCAGUUACCUCCACUCUUUUUAAUCACCUCCAUUUGUAUUACAUAUGGUGUAUGGGUAUUGAUGAGGUCAUGGUAUCAUAUAUGGGAUUUUUUUCUGUGUAAAUCAUCAAGUAUAAGAAGAAACUAUGGGACUCUGAGCCUUGCUUUAGAGAAUUUACAGUGGACAAAUAGGUAUCAUCAAACCAGUUUUUAAUCAUUCUGACUCAAGUGAAAACGCUCAGAAUUUCACACUGUGAAUCCACGUUUACAACCCUUACAGGUGGGCCUUCAGGCCUGGUUUGCUACGACGAUGUCUUCCACAACUCAAACCCCCUCUGCUCUCACACAACCGGUCCACUUCUGCCUUUUCACUCACACAGCUCCCGACUGCUUCUUGCAGAGGCUGAGAGUCCCCCUUUUUUUUUUUUUUUUUUCAUUUAGAUGUAACAAGCCUAGUAGUUUAUGUUCAUCAAUUGUCUGUAUAUCUCUAUAUUUUACCCAUGUACUCUUUUGAUGUAUAGAAGUAGUUUGAAACUCAUUGUUUCCUUGUGGUAAGUGACCGAGAUGCUGCCACAGGACCUGAGACACUGAUGAAUGGUGCUAUUUUGGACUUUCAACAUGCUCCUUGGCGAGGUAGCUCUGAUGGAGUUAUUUUUUAUUUUCAUGUUCUAAGAAGGUGUUGGUACUCUGUUUCCCCGAAUGUUGUUCUCUAGACUGGAUUGACUUGUUCUCCUUGUGUCUUCAGUGUGGCUUUCUUCUUCAGCGCCGUAGGUUGAGCGAGUGCCACCACAGCGCAGGAGAGACCCGCGUCUCGUGGGCUGGCACUCCCGGACACGCAGUCACUGUAGCGGGAGCAAUCACAAAACUGUAACUUCCUAACCAGAUCUCUUCCUUUCUGUAGCCUCGCCUGCCUCACUUAGAGAACAAAAAGCAAUAAUUUGACAGGCGUUUUUAGGUGUCUCUUUUGGUUCUCUUCGUUUGAAAGAAUAUUUGGGGGGAAAAGGGCAAAUUUUUUUUUUUAAUAAAUGCCCUCUGGAUAAAAAUCUAAAAAACUGGCAUCUCAGUAGGAACAUGGAAUUACACCUUUCCCAAAAAUUAGGUUGGAAAAAAAUGUCUUUACAAAUCUCUUUUUUAAAAAGGCAGAGCACUCUUUUUCGGCAGUUCUGAUAAGCAAGGUGUAGAUUUUACAUUUUUGUCCUUGCUCCCAAUGCAAUGGAUAAACAAAAAUACAAUCAGACAAUACCAUCUAUUCAUGGAAUGUUGUUGUGUUAGCCAGUCUGAAAGCCCACCUUAAUUUUUAUAUAACUGUCUUUUAGCUCUUCCUUUGACAGGGCAGGCAUCGUUCUGAACUGUCCCGCUUCUGACUGUUACACAUCGACCGACGCAUGCGCUGCACUUCGUUCUCUUCUCGUUCCCCCAUUGGCCUGAGUUUCCUGUGCAUUUCCCCCCUCCCUCCUUUGUUAGAAUAGGUAUAUUCGCUGUGUAAAUAGAGCAAGAAAACAGUAUUCUGCAUCUGUGGCAUUUCCUUAGAGUUGCAGUUGUGUACUGCUGAAUAUGCAGGCUUUUGUAAUAAUGUGAUCUUUACUGAUGCACUCACGACAAGUACCCAAUGUAUUUUAGCUAUUUUAGUAGUAUUUGUUCAAUAAAUAUGCAAGCUGUACGGUAA